UAUAAACAUGAUGGAGGAUUAUAUGGAAUCUUGACAUCUUAGGUCCCAUCCAAGAUCUCUCACCCUAACAAACGUAUCCAUUGCUUCUCCGGCCCUCUUGUUGCCCCUCACCGCACAAAAUCUUGUUUCCAAUCCCUAACCCUAACCAACUUAAACAAUCAAUACAAAGCAAAAGGAAUACUCCUCCCCAUAAAUGUUCCCUUUACACCAAAGCCAUGGAUGAGAGGUUCUUCCUGGUUUCUUCCAAUUCCGACCCUCAAAAUACAACCCCACAAGAUAAGACUCUGGAUUAUGUUCCCAUGGACGGCAGUAGUGGUAAUCUGUACAGCAAUAUGGGAAGGAGAGGCCAGAAACGAAAAUUAUUGGCAAGUGACAAGAGCGAAAAUAGUAAUGAUGAUGGUAAGAAAAAGUUGAUGCAUAGGGAUAUUGAGAGGCAAAGGAGGCAAGAAAUGGCCACCCUUAAUGCUUCUCUUCGAACUCUUCUCCCUCUCGAGUAUAUCAAGGGAAAGCGUGCAAUAUCAGAUCAUAUGAACGCAGCCGUGAGCUAUAUAAAAGACCUGCGGAAGAGGAUCGAUGAACUAAGUGCCAAGAGAGAUGAGUUAAAGAAGAUAUCGGGUUCGAGUGGUUUUGACCAAGGGAUGAGCUCCAACUGCUCUUUCCCAGGCAGUGCUGUAGUUCGCCAAUCUUUGGAUGGUGUUGAAGUUGUGAUCAGCGCUGGUCUUGGAGCUCAAGCUUUGACGCUAUCAAGGGUGCUAGAAUUACUGCUUGAGGAAGGACUUGUUGUUGUUAACUGUGUUUCUACCAGAAUUGAUGGAGGACUGAUUCACACCAUCCAAUCUGAGGUCAAUGAUCUGAUAUGCGUCGAUGUACCUGGGCUGGAGCAGAAACUAAAUGAAGAAAUUUCAUCCUUGAGUAAAAUUUCCUAGCUACUAAACCAUAUGUUCUUGCUGGUGAUUUUUCCCAUCACAGCUCCCACGUGUUGGUCAUUAUGCAUUGAGUAAGGAAGGUCUUUUUCUACUUAGUACGACCCAUAUAAUAUAUCUGAUACAUCCCAUCAUUUGUGAGGUUUUUCGGUUUCAGAAAACUUGGCAGGAAAUAAGUAUCAAUGAUUUAAUGCAGUAGAU